AUGACCGUUCUGCCGCCCAGGGUAAACGUCCCGGCGACGCCGGCGCUGGACGGAGUCGACAUUAACUCUCUCUACGACGUCAAUCACGGCAAGCUCCUCGGUAAAGGUGGCUUCUCCGAGGUGCUGGCGGUGCGCCACAUUCCUACCGGCGAGAUACGCGCCUUGAAAGUGAUGAUGCGUUCGGCGCUGGUUGGAAAGAAGGGUGAAAUGGUGGCGCACGAGAAGGAGAUUCUGCGCCGCACUUGCCACCCCGCCAUCAUCACGCUGCAUGAGGCGGUGCAGACCCCUGACAAGGUUUACUUCGCCCUCAACCUCAUGAACGAAGAUUUGUUUGAGUUUAUUGUACGCAACAAAACCGUCAACGAGGGCCUCUCGCGCGCCAUCAUGCACCAGCUAAUGUCUGGUAUUGCCUACCUGCACGAGCAGAGUAUUGUGCACCGUGACAUUAAGCCAGAGAACAUCCUCAUCAACGUCGUCGUCAAGAGUGAUGCCAAAAACGCAGCCAACGACGACUCCGAGUCGGUGCCGCACGUGGAGGGACUCCAGGUGAUGUCCGACAUCAACAGCAUCCCGCUGGAGCAGCUGAAUGUGGAGGUGAAAAUCGCGGACUUUGGUCUUGCCAAAGUUGUUAUGGAGUGGGACGUCUGCAGUACGCCGUGUGGUACAUCCUUUUACAUUGCGCCUGAGGUGAUCCGCGGCAUUGAAGAGCAAGGUGCCAAGCCGCUCUGUACAAACCAGCGACUUGUCAAGAGCGUGGAUGUGUGGUCUGCCGGUGUAGUCUUCUACGUGCUUCUCUGCGGCCGGCCGCCGUUCCAUGGUCAGGUGCGCACCGGGCAGGACCGCCGCGAACUCCUCCGCAGGAUUGACCACGGUGUCCUCUUCAACCCAAAUCACGGCUGGGAUUCCAUCUCCGCAGAGGCGAAGAACCUGAUCCUGAAGAUGCUUGACCAAGAGUCCUCAAAGCGGAUCACCUCCGAGGAGGUUCUGCGACACCCCUUCUUCACUGCCCACGGCUAUUCGCGGCCCGUCCCGGCGUCAGACCCACGCCGUCGCCUUGUGCAGGCGCAGCAGCUCUCUCUGAAGAUCAAAGCCCCCGCUGCGCAGUCGGCCAAGGCCCAAGUCACGACCAUGUCACCCUUAUCCGGCCCGGAUGGUCAACAGAUCAAGGCCUCCUCGUCCAGUGGGGGAUCCCCCAGCAAGGGCAGCAGCAACAGUACGGGGAGCUUCCUUUCGAAUAUCAAAGACUUCUUCGGCCACCGCUCGAAGCACACGUCGGACAUCUCGAAAGAGGAGCGGCAGCGCAUGCAUGCCGAGUUGGCGGAGCUGCAGGCAAACGUGAUCGCCGAGGAAGACCAGGAGGGGGAUGUGACCUCCUACAAGCCCUCGAUGCCGGUGAAGGAGGCGAAGCCCGCGCGCAUAGCUGUGAUGAACAUGAAGGCAAAGGUGGGCCCCGACGCUUUGCGCAAGUGA